AUGUUCGCCUCCGAUACAGAGCUUGUCUCGCGCGCGCGUACAUUCCUGCGGCGAGAACUACAGGUCUUUGAGUUUCUCUCGCCCGACAAUGAUGCAAGGCCGCAAGAUACCGACCCAGUCCGACGUCGCAGAGCCAACAAUGCCGAGUUCUUGCUCGAGUACAUCAUCGCUAUCCUCAAGACCGUGGAUAUGCAAGGCAGCAUGGGCCAAGCUGAGGAGCUCAUUCAAGAGUUUCUGGGCAGAGAGAAUACAAGAUUGCUGCUUCACGAGCUUCGAGCGUGGCUGAGAAGCCCCUACAUGUCGCUUGAAAGCUGGGAUCGCGCUGUGCAAUAUCCGGAUGUCACACCCAAGCGGCGACGGUCACAGAGUCCCAGCACAGCCAAUCUAUAUACCCUUCAACCUGGAGGAGAGACGAAAGACGCAGGUAUCGCAGGCAGCCUUACGAAUCGCGUCGGUUACGGAAUGACCAGAGAUUACGAGAGGCGACAGAACGCUACUCGGUUGAUUGAGCACUGA